ACGCGAAACGUUCUCCCCCAGAGUCAGUCAACAUCAUCGUCACGACCAUCUCCUCAGUCGGGGUUUGAGCAGUUGCGCUUGACGCAAAGAAAGAAAACGGAUCUCCUGGCAGCAGAGAAGAAAUGUGCAAAAAUUACCUAUAACCGCCUGGCAUUUGGCUAAGAAAAGGAUGUUCAAGAACCACCAUUGCUUCAGGGUGUUCCGUUUUGUUCGCGAAAGUUAUCUCAAUCUGCGACGUCCAUAGUGUGCACUAAUCUAUCUACGUCAUAGAUGGACGAAUGUAAUUAUGAAUGAGGGAAGAAAAGUGUAAAGUGCUCAGAAUUUGAUAGUCGUCACCAAUAAGUGGUGUGUCCGUCCUCAGACUGUACGCGAAGUAUUUGCGGCAGCAUCAAUUAUCGUUGAGAAGAUCAGGAAGAGGAAACCACUAAUUAAAUUACUCGAGUAGUGAAUCCAAACAAUAUGUUGCAGUAAUUAUAAGAAGAGCUACGACUUAUGUGUGUAGCAGCAAAUCUAUUAAAACUGUACGAUUAGUGAUCGUGUGAAAUUCCAUCUCUUGCGCGUUAACUUGCAGCUGUGGCGUUAUUGUUAUUGAUGUUGUUACAUUUUAUUUUUUGUGCGUUAUUUCGGUGUUGAGUUUGAGUGGCUUCGAAGUACACAACUUCAUGCAUACGAGUUCUAUACGCAGUCAGUGGCGAGGCUAUUUUGCAACACAAUUCAGGUAUAUUUCGUUUUAAUCGCCUAAGCAUUUAUACGAAAUCUGUUGGCCAUCGCUCUGCUACCUACUGGUUGCAAUUUCCACGAAAAAAAAAAAAGAAGUGAACUCGUACACGUGUGAGGGCUGAAAUCGACAUGGAACAACAGCAAUCACCGGUUGCAGUUGCCAGCGCUGCCGUAAUGGAUAAUGCGGCCAAGUUCGCCGAGCUGGAGCGGGAAAUCCGCCGGAUGGAUAUGGACUCCGAAACCAUCGCACUGACCUAUCAUUUACGGAAAUUCGCCGAACUCUUCCAGAGCUACAUUGUCGACGAUCAAUCGCUGAGUGAAUUUUUCAUCUACCUCAAUCGCCUGGCCCUGGACGAUUCCAAGUUCGCCAUCAACAUGGCGACCGUUUUUGCCUCCCGCCAGCUGGACGACCUGGUAAUAAAGGAAACCAAGCUGCGCAAUGCCAUGCUCACGAUCCUGCAGGAGAACUUUCGCGCCAUCGACGAGCUGAAACGGGAAGGCGUUACGCGAUUCUACAACUCGGUCACACUGCUGGGAGAGUACUACAAUCGGAAGCGCUUCGUCAACGGUAAACGGAUACUUAUUUUGGGCCAGAGCUUGUUGCUUCUGCUGACGACGGAACUGGAAAAGGAAAUCAAAAGAUGCGAAGAGACUAGUGGCUAUACGAUAGAUCCGGACUUUGCCAAAUUGAUACUGUCGCAGAUUACGUUGAAUGGGGGUGAGGCUAAAUUGGAGCACCGGCAGGAAAUUGACGAUCUGAACUACUCGAUACGCAAAUGCCUGAUAAACGUGUCCAAUAUGCUGCCUAGGACGAAAGCCUAUCUAUUGAUGGCGUUGGAUUUGUUCUACACCAAUUUUAAUUUGAGCUCAACUCUGUUGGAAAAGCUUUACGGAAAACAUUUGUUCGAACCGGAUGAGGACACUUCGGCAAAGCAACCACAAGAUAAGGUCGAGAAGAAAACGGAGAGCUCUGUUCCGAAUCAACCUGCACCACAGACAAAGUCUAGUGACAAUAGUUCAAAACCUGCACCGAAAAAAACUCCAGAAAAGACUGAUAGCGCUAAAAAGCAGGUAACCAAAAGCGUGAAUUCUGCAAAACCUCGGAAGAAGGAAGUCAAGCCAGAAGUUGUGAAAACGACACCUACGACUAAGUCACCCAUUACAUCACCGAAAAAGCCUUCCACAAACGCCACGCGGAAACCUGCCGCAUGGAAUCAGACCCCACCCAAAAAAGACCAACGAGCAAAACCUGCUCCAGUGCCGAAAACCCCACCACAUAAAAGAAACCUCAACGAAAGGCUCAAGGCUGUCACUCCCGAGCAGACUUCCCCGAAAAAUCAAGUGCCUAGUCCAAAACCGAUGAAAACUCCGGAAAAUCCGUCAGUCUUAAAACAGAACUGCAAACCGUCCCCGAAAAGUUCCGUAAGCCCUGGACAAAACUCCAGCUCGCCGGGCAGUGCCGUCAACAUGAAGCUGUCGAUACCGAGCCCACGCAACCACGAAGACAACGUGGAAAAUCUCGCCUGGGAUGAUCUCACACUGGAGGACGAAUCGCCACAGAAGCUGCAUCCCCACACCAAGUCCUUUCUGACCUUCCUAGCGCAAAAGUGAACCGAUGAACCACCGCCUAAAACGGCGGAUGGACCAACAAUUUGUGCCUUUAUGUGCAUUUUUAAUCAAUUGUCUGUGUUAAAUGUCAUCUUGUGAUAUUGCACUUUUGUACGGAGUAAGAGUUUUAUUGUACGUCAUAGUGGACAAAAGCCAAAAGGGGGAAGCUCGAACGGGCUUUCUUUCCGGCGGAGAAAAAAAAAGUCUAGCGAUACUGAUAAGUGGCAUGUAAUUCUUUUCAAUGAUAGUUUAAGAAUUUUUAUACUUUUAAAUGUCUGUCGGUUUAAAAUUGAAUACAAUUUGUUCAAUUUGAAAUUGAAGUGUUUCUCUGCUGCAUUUGUCUCUCGAUACUUAAACGAUACUUAAAACCUAUCAAUUGUAUAAGUGUAUAUUAGGAUACUAAAAUUCGAAGAAAAUAUAAACAGGGAGAUGUAGACUUUUAUGAUCGCGCGGUUUGGAAAACAGAAAAAAAAAUACAACAGCGAACUUAGCGAUUUCUACUAUUUUACAACAUUUGACUGCAUCUCUCGUGCUCGGGGUAAAAUGACAGUUUCAGCACAACUCCCGAUGAAGAGACAAAUUGUACAACGGACAUAUCAUUUGUUAGGUUAGGAAGUUAUGAUAGUUGUAAAUGAAUAAAACAUAUUUUAACGAAAAAA